AUGGCUGCUACUCAAACAGAGGAUUAUGUGCCUUUGAAACUUGUGGUGAAUAAAGAGAGUAACAAAGUAAUAUUUGCUGAAGCAGGGAAGGACUUUGUUGAUGUUCUCUUUAGCUUCUUAACAUUUCCAUUAGGAACAAUUGCAAGACUUGUUCAAAAAGAAUCAAACAUGGAACCAGUUACAAUUGGCUGUAUGAGCAAACUCUACCAAAGUGUGGCUGAUCUUGACAAAGAGUGUAUGACAAAAGAGACAAUCAAAGAAAUGUUAUUGCAACCAAGUUACUCAUUGGAAGAUUAUUGCAGCUCUCUUAAACUCAACAUUGAUGACACUCAGCCCACAAAGUACUACAUCUGUAGGGAUAUUCACUAUUGUUAUAGCCCUUAUGUUCUGAGCACUGCCAAAAUAUGUGGGGGGUGUGGUAUUCAUCUGGACCCUGCUUUGAUUAUGGAUAGGCAAUUCUGCUAUGGAUUUGUUAAAGAUGGUGCAACUUUUGUUAUUACCGAUGAUCUAAGGGUCAUGCCAAACUCCACGGAUAUUACAAGCUUUAAUAUGCUCCAGAGUCUCGGAAUACAAAACACUAGUUCGCUGAAGGACAUGACUGUCAAUGUCACAAAGGAAAAGGUAUUGGAUCUACUGAAGUGUUCUUUUAUUUCAAAGUCAGCUCUGACCGAUUCAUUUUUAGUAAUGAAACCUUCUAUUGAAAGAUCACCAACCAUUGUCUCUUGUGGCAUUAAAGGCACAGAUAAUCGUCAAAUAUCAAUGAAACUAGUUAUAAGAAAAUCGGAUGGGAAAAUACAAUAUGCUGAAGUGGGUGAAUAUUUUGUAACUUUCCUCUUAAGUUUUCUCACAUUUCCAUUGGGAGGAGUUGCACGACUGUUUAAAGGAAACUGUUCCAUAGGCAGUAUCGAUGCUUUGUACGGUAGCAUACUUGAUUUAGAUGAAUACAAAUAUUUUGUGACUGAAGAAGCUAAGAAUAGGAUUGUUGAUCCUCAUUUGGCCCCUCAGUUUGAACUAGGCAAACAUAUUUUACCAAUUCGUCAGUCACGUUCAAUGUUUUAUUUACAUGACGAUGAUUACAUUAGUUGUGAUAUCAAAGCUUACUUUGAUGAAAUAACUGAUAUAAAACCUGUUUGUUUAACAAAGUUUGUUCAAGGUUAUGUCAAGGGACCAAGAACUUACAUUGUUACAGAUGACUUGGUUGUAACAGAAUCGUCUCCGACUUCUGUUUUACAUUUAAUCAAUCAAUCUCAAACUUCUCUUAAUGACUUGAAAGACAAGGUUAUCAAUAUUGGUGUUAAUGAGGGUUUGAGUAUAUUGAAGGCUUCUUUAACUUCAACAUCAGCUUUAACUAGUGCUUUUGGAUAUUUGGUAACCGAAGCUCAAGAGAGGUAA